UCUGGCGAAGCAGCGUGAGACGAUCCCGUUCGCUGGCUUGCGUCGCGUUUAUCGACGGAUAAUCGAAUUCGAGAUUCCGAACUGCGCGUAGCGUGUCGCGGCUUUGUUUAUUUCCGAGUCUUUCGAUCGGGCGCGGUUUCGGCCUCGUCGUCCGUACAGCGAUCGCGCUAAGGCUGUGCGCGCCCACGCGCCAACCCGACCCGAGAGUGAACAGACAAGUGCGCGUCAGUGAACCAUGCUGUGUCGUCCGUCAAGAUACCUCGUGUUGUGCAACUAGUGAUCGCUCUACAAGCGUGUGUACUCUCACACGGUCACGCUUCGCUCCGAGUGCCACGCCGAGUACAGCAUCGCGCAGCUUGUCAAACUGGAUGCGCCACCGGGAAACGAGUUCACGCAGUUGGAUUUCAGUGGCAAGGAUGACAGAUGGCGAGGAAGAGAGUGAGAACCACAAAUAGAGCGAAAUGGACUGCAGAGAGUAUGAAGGAAGCAUUGAAUGCCAUGGCAAUGGGUCGAGGGCUUAGGGAAGUAGCAAGAUCUUUUGGGAUUCCUGUAUCCACUCUGAAAGAUCGGUGCAAAUCUGGACGCUCACACGAAGCUAGCUUAGGUAGAAACUCCGUCUUCUCUGCAGCGCAAGAAAAGGAACUAACCAAUCAUAUAAUAACGAUGGCUAGAAUGUUUCAUGGAAUCACGCCUGUAGAUUUGCGCCGAAUUGCUUUCGAAUUCACUGAGAAAAAUUCUAUCCGGAAUAAUUUUAAUGCAAGUUCUCGAACAGCUGUAAAAGACUGGCUUCGAGGGUUUCUUAAGCGAAAUCCACAAGUCAGCCUUCGCAAGCCAGAAGCAACAAGUUUGAAUAGAGUUAUUGGGUUCAGUGAAGCUGCUGUAAAAGAGUUUUCUUCAAACCUUGAAACAGUGAUGACGAAACACAGAUUUCAGGGGUCAAGAAUAUUCAAUAUGGAUGAGACAGGAAUAUCUGUUGUUCAGACUCCAAAUAAAAUUUUGGCGCCCAAAGGCCAAAAACAAAUUGGAUCACUAACAAUCCUGGAAAGAGGCAAAAACAUAACUGUCUGCAUGGCUAUGAGUGCAAGUGGGUCAUACAUACCACCGAUGUUUGUUUUUCCAAGAGUGAGGAUGAGUCCAACUUUGAAGAAGGGAGGUCCUGAAGGGGCAAUAUAUGACUGCUCUAAGAAUGGUUGGAUCAACGAAGAUCUUUUCAUUAAAUGGCUGGAGCAUUUUGAAGCACAUGCGAAGCCAACAAAAGAAGACCCAGUGCUGUUGAUCACCGAUAACCAUAACUCUCACAAGACAUUAAAUGCAUUCAAUUUUUGUCGAGAUCAUGGUAUUGUUAUGAUAACGAUUCCUCCUCACACCUCGCAUCGUCUCCAACCACUCGACUUAACAUUCUUUGGUCCCUUAAAAAAUGCCUACAACCGAGAGUGCGACUUGUUUAUUAAGGGAAAUGCAUUUAAAAGGAUAAGGGAAGACGAUGUUGCAAUGUUGUUCAACAAAGCAUUUAUGAGGGUUGCAACUAUUGAGAAAGGAGUUUCUGGAUUCUCUGCUGCAGGAAUUUAUCCCAUGAAUCUUGAUAAAUUCUCAAAGGAUGAUUUUUCAUUCCCUACCACUCAGAUAAUUUCCAGGCGUACAUCUGACCUUGUAACUGUUUCUGAUGAUGUCGCAGAGAGAAGUGAAGUCGAGAAUAGUCAUGAUCAUACGGUUAGGCCUACAGUCAGUGACAACGAAAACCAGGCUUUAUCUACUGCUACAAUUUCCAUUAGAUUUUCUGAUGUAAAUCCCAUUCCUUGUCUUAGACCUACAGCUGGACCUUCAGAGGCAACACCUAGGCAUCGGUCUAGGCAGCAUUCGGUAAUUUUCACUGCAACUCCAACUAAAGUUGUGCUUGAAGAAGCUAUGAAGAAAAAACAAGCAAAGAACAUUAAAAAAACCUAAAAGCUAAGAAAAGAGAAGCGAAUCCUGACAGGCGCAUGAGCACCAGCAAUAAGAAAUUGAAGCUUGACAAGAAAGUAAAGAAAA